AUGGCUGAAAUCAGACGCAAGCUUGUCAUUGUCGGUGACGGCGCCUGCGGUAAGACUUGUUUGUUGAUUGUCUUCUCGAAAGGCACAUUCCCAGAGGUCUAUGUCCCAACCGUGUUCGAGAACUACGUCGCCGAUGUUGAAGUUGACGGAAAGCACGUUGAACUAGCCCUAUGGGAUACGGCUGGCCAGGAAGAUUACGAUCGUCUCCGGCCACUGUCGUACCCCGAUUCACAUGUCAUCCUUAUCUGCUUCGCCAUUGACUCGCCUGACUCCCUAGACAACGUCCAAGAGAAGUGGAUUUCAGAGGUGCUUCAUUUCUGCCAGGGUCUUCCGAUCAUACUUGUCGGCUGCAAGUGCGAUCUGCGACACGAUCAAAAGACGAUAGAAGAGCUUGCAAAGACAUCACAGAAGCCAGUCACUCCUGAACAGGGUGAGGAAGUCAAGAAGAAGAUUGGUGCCUACAAGUACCUCGAAUGCUCAGCCAAGACCAACCAGGGUGUCCGUGAGGUGUUUGAAUCAGCAACCCGAGCUGCUCUUUUGACCAGAAAGGGUGGAAAGAGCAAGAAGUGCUUGAUUUUGUAA